UCUCACUCCCAGUGGGUGUCUAAUUUCUAGCUGCCAAUAUUCAUCUCCGCGGUCCCCGGUUACAAAGUGUCCAUCCACCCGCUGGACUCGCUUCUCCCCACACCCGCUCCCCAGGAGAUGAGGAUCAAGGGGAAGAGAACUCUCCUCCUGCUGCUGCCGGGUGCGCUGGUUGUGACCGAGACGUGGGCGGGCUCCCACUCCCUGAGGUAUUUCUGCACCGCCGUGUCCCGGCCCGGCCUCGGGGAGCCCCUCUUCAUCGUUGUCGGCUACGUGGACUACGCGCAAUUCGUGCGGUUUGACAGCGACGCCCCUAACCCGAGGAUGGAGCCGCGGGCGCGGUGGGUGGAGCAGGAGGGGCCCGAGUAUUGGGAUGAAGAGACUCAGAGAGCCAGAGACACCGCAGAGACUUUGCGAGCGAACCUGAACACCCUGCGCGGCUACUACAACCAGAGCGAGGCCGGGUCUCACACCCUCCAGGAGAUGUACGGCUGCGACGUGGGGCCGGACGGGCGCCUCCGCGGGUUUGAUCAGUUAGCCUACGACGGCAGAGAUUACAUCGCCCUGAACGAAGAUCUGAGCUCCUGGACCGCGGCGGACACGGCGGCUCAGAUCACCAAGCGCAAGAUUGAGCAGGACGGUGUGGCGGAGCGUGUGAGGAACUACCUGAACCGCGAGUGCGUGGAGUGGCUCCGCAGAUACCUAGAGAGCGGAAAGAACACGCAGCUGCGCGCAGACCCUCCAAAGACACAUGUGACCCAUCACCACAUCUCUGAACGUGAGGUCACUCUGAGGUGCUGGGCCCUGGGCUUCUACCCUGAGGAGAUCUCAUUGACCUGGCAGCGUGAUGGGGAGGACCAGACCCAGGACAUGGAGCUUGUGGAGACCAGGCCUUCAGGGGAUGGAACCUUCCAGAAGUGGGCGGCCCUGGUGGUGCCUUCUGGAGAGGAGCAGAAACACACGUGUCAUGUGCAGCAUGAGGGGCUUCAGGAGCCCCUCACCCUGAGAUGGGAACCUCCUCAGCCUUCCAUCCCCAUCAUGGGCAUCACUGUUGGCCUGGGUCUCCUCCUGGUGGUUGUGGUGGCUGGAGCUAUUAUGAUCUGGUGGAAGAAGUACUCAGGUGAACAAGGAGGGAGCUACACUCAGGCUGCAAGCAGCGACAGUGUCCAGGGCUCUGAUGUGUGACCAAGGCUCUCAUGGAUCCUAGAGUGCGAGACAGCUACCUCGUGGGGACAAGAUUCCAUGUCCCAUCCCUGCAUUAUGACUUCAAGAUCUUCUGACUUCUCUUUCUGCAGAAGUCAUCUGAAUGUGUCUGUGCUGCUAUUAGCAUAAUGUAAAGAAGUGGUGAGCCUGGCACCCCCUCUGUUCACCGCGACCCCUUCCCACACUGUACUGUUUUCUCUUCUCUGACGGUCCUUCCUGAUCCAACAGAGGCCGGAGUUGGGCUGUCUCCAACUUUGUCUUAACUUCUUUUGCAAUUUCAUAUUUUAUUGAAAAUCAGGAUCCAAACUACAGGUUUCCCCCUAUGGGUCCUCAUCAAUCUUGUACCCUAGUGUUUGUCUAUGUGGAUCUGUUUUGUAAAACUGUAAAGAUGUUUGUACACUUUUAGUAUGUCUAAAUGUCUUUAGUAAUAUUAAAAGCAAAGAAAUUGCUUUUCCUGUA